AUGCCCUACGAGCUCAAAGGCCGCAAUGUCCUCGUUACCGGAGGGUCGAGAGGCCUAGGUGCUCUCGUAGCUGAGAAGUUUGCAGCAGAGGGCUCGAACAUCGCCAUCAAUUACGUCUCGAAUGCGGACCGGGCCAAGGAGACGGCGGCCAAGAUCGAGUCUCAGUACAAAGUGAAGGUGGUUGUUAUCCAGGGUGAAGUGAAGCUGAUUGAGAUUGCUUGUUCCAAGGAUGCCGGAAUCCGAGAGGACUGUGUGAGAGUAGUCAGGACUGCUAUCGAGUCGCUCGGUGGGCUGGAUGUUGUUAUUUCCAAUGCCGGCUGGACCAAAUUCUCCAACUUCAGUGAUCUGGACGCAUUGACAGAGGAGGAAUGGGACAAGUGCUGGGCAACGAACGUGAAGGGAAAUCUCCAUCUCUUCCGUGAAGCAUUACCGACCUUCAAUGCCAACCCUGAAGGUGGUGCUUUCAUCAUCACUUCCUCUACUGCGGGAAUUUCCCCAUCUGGGAGCAGCAUGGCCUACUCAGUCACCAAGGCUGCAGGCCUGCACCUGAUGAAAUGUCUCGCCCAAACACAGGGACCCAAGGUCCGAGUCAACGCAGUCUUGCCGGGCCUCCUCCUCACUGAAUGGGGCAAUCGAUUCUCUCCCGCCCAGAUCGAAGGGUACAAGGACAGGACGAGUCUCAAGAAAAUAGUCGAUCUUGAUGACGCUGCGAGCAUUUACGUUUCCAUUGCCAAGAAUGCGUCCAUGACGGGACAGUCGAUUCAAAUCGACAGCGGGUUUGUGAUUAGGUAA